GAAAGUUGGGCAUAACACCAGAGACUAUACACUUUUACACCUCUUUUAGUGGUCAUAUACAUAAGACUUUACCAGAGCACAGCAACGAUGGGCGCUGGGUGCUCGCGAACCGUGCAUGCCGAGCCGGCUAACGUAGCGCCAAUUGUACAAGCGAAGUCUGUGCCCAAGGGCAGUGACGAAUCCACGCCAUGGGUGCCAGAAAAGAAAGUGGUGGAGAAGGAAGCCCCCGAGGAGUCCAAUGUGGUCGUAGUUGUGGCGCCAGCGUCGCGUACCCAGUCGAGGAAGGCUCCCGAAGAGACGACCGCAUAUGGAGGCAGCACGCGCAAGCUGACGAUUCUCCACUUCAACGACGUAUAUAAUAUUGAGCCACAGGAUCGUGAGCCUAAAGGUGGAGCAGCGCGCCUAUGCGCCAAGGUCAAGGAGUUCCGCGCCAACGGCAGCAACCCGCUUGUCCUCUUCUCUGGCGACGCCUAUAACCCGUCGCUGAUGUCCACCAUCACACUGGGGAAGCAAAUGCCGCCCGUGCUGAACGAGAUUGGCGUAAACGUUUCCUGCGUUGGGAACCACGACUUUGAUUACGGUCUGGAGAACAUGAUGAAGCUCAACUCACAGUGCAACUUCCCCUGGCUCAUGGCGAACGUGAUUGAGCGCGGCCAAGAGUUCCCCUACGGUGGCGCGGGCACGACGUGGCUGCAGGACUGGAACGGCAUCAAGGUCGGCAUUGUGGGCCUGGUGGAGGAGGAGUGGCUGGAGACGCUGGGCGCGGUGAACGUGGCGGACAUGGAGUACAAGGACUUCAUUGAGGUCGGCCGCGCGGCGGCACGGGAGCUCAAGGCAAAGGGCGCGGAGGUGCUGAUUGCGCUGACGCACAUGCGCGAGCCCAACGACCGCAAGCUGGCCGCCGAGGUGCCCGAGUUCCACCUGGUGCUGGGCGGCCACGACCACCACUACGUGUCGGCCUUCAUCGAGCCGCACAACAACCUGAUGGUCAAGAGCGGCACCGACUUCCGCGACAUGUCGCUGAUCGAGGUGGAGUUCCCCAACGGCAGCACCACGGACCCCAAGAUGUCGGUGGAGCGACUGGUCAUCGACGGCUCGGUGCCGGAGGACCCGGCAGCCAAAGAGAUUGUGAACGAGUACAUGAAGCUGAUGGGCGAGAAGAUGGACGAGGACAUUGGCGAGUCGCUGGAGCCGCUUGACGGCCGCUUCCAGACGGUGCGGAACCGCGAGUCGAACCUCGGCAACUUCGUGGCGGACGCUUGGCGCAAGGCGGCAGGCGCAGACAUUGCCAUCCUCAACUCCGGUUCACUACGCUCGGACAUGAUCCACCCAGCGGGUGUGAUCAAGGCCAAGGACUUCGUUUCCAUCCUGCCCAUGGUCGACACGACUGAAGUGCUGGAGUGUACGGGAGCGCAGGUCAUCACGGCGCUUGAGAACGGCGUGUCAAUGUGGCCCAAGCUGGAGGGCCGCUUCCCCCAGGUGUCGGGCGUGAAGUUCAGCUUCGACCCCAGCAAGCCCCCGGGCUCACGCAUUGUGCCCGGCUCGGUGUACAUCUGGGAGUUUGAAUCGGAGCCGGUGCCCAUGGAGCUGGACCACAAGUACAAGGUGGCGGUCAAGGAGUACCUGGCGCAGGGCAGGGACGGCUACGACGUAUUCACGCAAUGCAAGGUGUUGGUGGACGAGGAGGCCGGUGUCGUGAUUCCGUCAACGGUCAAGAAUCACUUCAUUCAGUUGCGUGUCCUCAACAAGUGGGACGGGCGGAAGAUCUACCUGCGCUCGCUCACGAACCGCUGGCUCAAGCAGACCAAGUCCAGCAAGAGCCUCAACAACCUGGCGGCCCUCGACACGGGCGGCGCGGACGACAGCACCACGCCCACGCAGCGCACCCAGGCGCGCACGCACGGCCUAGCAGUGCCCCAUCCCGACGGCGGCCACUACUGUAUCGCUCCCCGUGUGGAGGGCCGCAUCGUCAAUGUGCUGGAGGCCGUGUAAGUGGCCGCGUGCGGUCAUCGCGCGUAAUGAUUCAGAUACUGAGUGCAUGUAGUGAGCUUGAGCGUGUGUGAGUGGGGGCAGCGAGCCAGCGACACUUGUAGGGUUGACCGGGACAAGCGCAUGGGCGAAGACAGGAAGGCCUAGGGGGUAUAAGGACGGUUUGCAAAGGUGCUGGCGGAGUAGUGACGGCACAUCGGUAGCUGAAUCACAGGGUGCAUGGCAUUGAAGCAUGCUUGAUUUUGCUACAUCUGAUGACGGGGGGGGGGGCGGCAGCACGAAGCUUCUGAACUGUGGUUGUGCAUUUAUAUUUUGCUUUUGGGGCAGCAUGUACUGUUGCAUUGAGCGGUUGAGCAGACAUGCGAGCGUGAAAUCAGCGGCUGCAGCGGCAUGCGCUAGGUGCAGAGGCACACGCAUUCAUUAGGUGCUUGCGCAGGAAUGCGUGCCUUGACAAGCACACAUGGUCCACCAGGAACGACGCAAACUGCUUUCACAUGACAAUUAUGCUGCUGUGAUGGCAGUACAGCACUGAGAACAUUUUCUACCCGGACAACUCCACGACAUUGCUCUUCUUGCGCAGUGAUGGUGUCAGAGACCAGAGACCAUAGGCCAUGUUGUGAAACUAGACAUCAGAUGGUGGCGGGCUUGUGGCCUUUACUAGGACGGUGGGCACUGAACGUUUCCAGGUUGCUGGUGUAAUAGUGGCGCUUGCCGUUUUGUGUGAGUAUGGAAGUAGCGUGGCCGUCAACAUCUUGUUUGGACCAGGAGAGGCGUGUACUGAGGUGCGGAUGUCAUCAACAUGUGUUUAGUAGGGAAGCUGUGUUCCUGCCACUUUAGGAGGCUGCGAAGGGGAGGUUCUGGCGCUGCGUGCUGUUUGGGGAGGACAGAUCGGGCACUCAGGCAGGGAGCAGAGGACAGGGGCGUGCACAGCACCCCUGGCAGCGGACAACGGCAUGCAAACUGGACUAAGGCGCGGGAUUGCAGACUGUAACACGAGGGGAGGCGGCUUCGGCGGCCGAUAGACCCCAUAGCG